CCUUGCUGUACGCCGUAGUCCUUGUUUGGGCGCUGUCACAAUGCUCACAAUGAGUCAAAAUAAAACAAUGAACUCAGACGGAGGAAAUCCAGAGUCCAGACAAUCAAUCACUCGGCCAAAAUGAAUUCGGUAUUGCAAAUUCUACAUGUGGCAGCAUUAAUCGUAGGGUUCACUAACCGUCCUAUUUCCGCUGAGAAUGAUCAGACUGGAGGCGCAGACAAUGUCCAUCUACCGAAGACCCAACACGACUUUCAUGCACACGCUAAGGAUGACCUCAAACAUCAACAACAUCACUUGCGUGACGUAGUAGGACUGAGUGCGGCUGGUCGAAAGCAUUUUGAGAAGGAGUACGGAGGGGAUGCAGUCAGCGGUUUCUCUGGAAAUGAAGGGACAAUGCUUCACUUCUUUGUGCGCCAUGACUAUGACAAGAGUAACACACUGGACGGAAUUGAGCUGUCCGCUGCGCUGACAAGCUACUACGACUUUGGUAUGCCGGAGGCACCGCAACAAGGAGCUGCCACUGAACAAAUGUCUCACGAGGAGAAGACCUCGCCGCUACUACUGCAAGAAGAGGUGGAAGCAAUCGUGGACCGCAUCCUAAACGACCACGACUUGGACCGGAACGGCUUGUUGACAUUCGCUGAGCUGCUGGCCAAUCCGGGCGGCAUAUGGAGCAGCCUGGACAUGGUUGAUGACCUAGAUGACUAUGCGUAUGAUGGCGAGGAGGAAGGUGACGGAACUGACUAUCAACAUGACUCCAUGGACAAGGACGCCGCUGCUACUCACACUCCGGAUUUGAAUGCUGUAGGAUAAUGUAGCCGUGCAAGUCCUGUAGACUGGUUCUUGUCCUUGUACAGGCCAUCCUACUAGCCCGUGGGGGACAUAGCGGUAGCAGUCAUGGAGGCUCGGUUCUUGCGUUGCCACGGGCCAUCCUGCUAGCCCAUGUAGCUGCUGCCUAGCAUUGGGUGAGACCUGGGUCUCGAUUACAAACAUCCCUUCCUUGUGGCUGGCCGUAUGGUUUGAAGUAUAACCCAUGGCUCUUGUUAUGUUGUACACGUUAACGUGCCAAUCUUCAUCCCGCUUCACCUGUUAUGUCCCAGUCAUCAUCUUGAGCAGGUCAUUGCCUGAUGAAUCUCAUGCUAUUCAGGGCGCUUACAACUCUGCAACACUAACUUAUUGCUGAAAUAAAUAUUGCUGAAAUUCCCCGCUGCUGCAACUCAAAUAUGUUUGACAUGUUCGGUCACAAAUGAUAAUACACUGCUUUUUUUCUUUUUUACUGUACCUGAUCAUUUCAAGCAUAAUUUAUAACAGAAAACAUGUC